GGGAAUAUCUAGAGGAAGGAGGAAACGUUCCCGUUCAGGAGGGGGGGAAAAUGGCGGCUGGAACGGGCCCGGGGGUCCCGGACGGGGGCCCCGAGGUGCCAAACCGCGACCGUGGCGCCUUCGAAUGUAACAUCUGCCUGGAGCCGGCCCGGGAGGCGGUGAUCGGGCUUUGCGGGCACCUGUACUGCUGGCCCUGCCUGCACCAGUGGCUGGAGACCCGCCCCGAGCGCCAGGAGUGCCCCGUCUGCAAAGCUGCCAUCAGCCGCGACCAGGUCAUCCCGCUGUACGGCCGGGGCAGCGCGGGCCAGCAGGACCCCAGGUUGAAGACCCCCCCUCGGCCGCGGGGGCAGCGCCCAGAGCCCGAGAGCCGUGGGGGCCUGCGCCCGCCCUACCACGACGCCGGCUUCCACAUGGCCUUCGGCAUCGGAGCCUUCCCCUUUGGGGUCUUCACCACCGUGCUGCGGGGGCCCGAGGCCAGAGCAGAUGAGGCCGGUGCCCCCCGCCCCUCGGGCUGGCAGGAUUCGCUCUUCCUCUUCCUGGCCAUCAUCAUCUUCUUCUGGCUUCUCAGCGUGUGACCCCGGGGGGGCCUGGGACUGCCGGACUCACUCCCUGCCCUGCCCAGCCCCACCCACAGAGAUGGGGAGGGGGUCUCCCCCGGGGCAGCUCUGGAGUUUGGGGAGGGGGUGAGAACGGGGGACUGAUGGCUGGCUUGGGGGUGAUGUGGGCCCCCAGCAGGCUGGGCUGACACCCCCUUACACUACACAGUAUAAAUGCCCCCCCCGGAUUGAGCCCGUCUGUGGCACCCCCUGCGGGCAGGCCUAGGAACUGCAGCUGGACAGGAUCACAGCCGGGGGAUGCCCCGGGUUGGGGGGCAGCAGGAGCCCGGCAGGGGGGCCUCUGGCCAUUGAUACAAUGGUGGUGAAGAGCAGCUGGGAACGGGGGGUGGGGGAGAUUUGGGGUUCACAGUGUACGUUCCCAGCGCUGAUUAAAACACCAGUGAGUCUUCA